UUAGAUUUAAAGAAACUUUACAAAGUUUUUUUAUACUCAACUUUAAAGUCUGGAAACGUUCUAAAGUUUUCAUCAAAUUUUCUAAAUAGCAUUACGAAGUUUUCUGGAAACAGAUUUUUGUUUUUGUUUUUGGCCUGAAGGAUUAUAUUUCAUGAAACUUGCAACUUAAAGAUGGACGAAGAAGUCCAGACAUCAUACAGCUUUGAGGGAUCCGAGAUCGAAUCCAGGCGGUCGAUAAACCGAGAAGGUUUCGAGGGUGAUCUGUUCCGGAUAUAUCGAUAAAAGUAUUGAUGGGAUAAAGCAAUGCAACACCUGGACGGUCUGUCAAUUGUGGAUGCGGAGUGUCUCCCUGGAGGACUAUGGAUUUGCCGAAACGACUUCGAUCUUGCUUAAUCGUAAUUAAUUAAUAAAUGUCAUUAAAUCUACGAUGGAUAACUUGACUAUAAAUAGCAUAUUUGUAGUCUUUGCAACUAAUCAAACAAUGAAUCAGACAAGAAACUUGACUUUGGCUACUUCAGCAGAGUAUAUUAUCCACAAAGAAGGACAAAUUGCAGCUAUGGUGCUAACAUCAUUAGCAUUAUCUUUAGUCAUUUUGGCGACUGUGGUGGGUAAUAUAUCAGUUAUAGCAGCAAUAUUUUGUGAAAGAAAUCUUCAAACUGUUGGUAAUGGUUUGGUACUAUCUUUAGCGGUGGCAGAUUUGAUGGUGGCUUGUUUGGUGAUGCCAUUAGGAGCUGUGUACGAAGUUCGCCAAGAAUGGUCAUUGGGACCCGAAUUGUGUGACAUAUGGACUUCGUGUGACGUACUGUGUUGCACUGCAUCGAUUCUACAUCUAUUAGCUAUUGCUGUUGACCGUUUUUGGGCGGUGACGAAUAUCGACUACGUCAGGAAACGUAAUGGAUGUCAUAUCGGUUUCAUGAUACUAUUGGUUUGGGGUAUAGCUUUUUUCGUUUCGUUUCCUCCCAUAUUCGGUUGGAAAGAUCCUGAUUUUCAGUAUAGAAUAGAAGUCGAAAAAAGGUGUUUAGUUAGUCAAGAUGUCGCCUAUCAACUAUUCGCUACGUGCGCUACAUUUUAUGUGCCGUUGGUAGCCAUACUGUUUCUCUACUGGAAGAUAUAUCGGGUGGCCAGGAAGCGCAUACGACACAAGCCGGGGGGUAAGAUAAUUCCAAGACCUCCGCAAGCGUCCCCGAGUACCUUGUCACCACCUUUUGUUUCCGAACUGACUGUAAUUUCUAAUAAUUAUUCUUCGCACCCAAGUAGUGAUAACAGCAUGACUGCCAGCAUGGUAGCCGAACAAGAUUUUACAUUGAGGCCAAUGAUCAACAAAAGCUGUGCCACAAAACAUAGAAAAGAAUCAUUAAAGACGAAAAGGGAAAGAAAAGCAGCAAAAACACUGGCUAUUAUUACUGGUAUUUUUGUUAUAUGUUGGUUACCAUUCUUUGUCGUUGCAUUGCUAAUGCCAUUAUGCAACACCUGUCAACCUGAAGAUUAUGUUUUCAGCAUAUUUCUAUGGUUAGGAUACGCUAAUUCUAUGAUAAAUCCAAUUAUUUAUACCAUUUUUAGUCCAGAUUUCAGGGCAGCAUUUGAAAGAAUGCUGUGCAAUAAAAGAGCAUCUAGAAUACGAUGAAUGGAAACAUCAUAUUAAAAUUUCUAUAAAUAAAUCGAACACUGGAAAUAACAUAAAUAAAUCAAUAUUGAAAUUAAAAUUUAUAUAUAUUAAU